AUGAGUCCACCCGCAACGUCUAGCAAGAAGGGCGGGCGCGGCGGAUCAGCAGCAGGCAAGAAGGGCGCCAAGGGUUCGUCCAGCGGCGGAAGAGGGACAGGCAAGCGCUCUGCGUCUGCUGCGCUUGCCGAGGACGAUUACAGCGGCGGGUCGAAGCGAGCGAAGAGGAGUACGAGCGGGAGGAAGAGUCUGAGGGAAGAGGAGCUGGGUGUCGGGGCGGAACUCGAGGACGAUAUCGAGGCAGAUGGAGGGGAGGAGGAGGGCGAGGAGGACGAGGAUGAAGACGGCGAUGGAGGCGUAACGAGAUGCGUGUGCGGGCAGGACAACGAGGAGAUGGCUUCCGGCCUGAUGAUCCAGUGCGACACGUGCAAGUGUUGGCAGCACGGCGCUUGCGUCGGCCUCUGGGACGAGAAGGAAUGCCCGAACCGCUACUUCUGCGAGCUGUGCAAACCGAGCCUACACGGUCCCGGAGGCCUCCUCCGCAAAGUCAGCCGCAAAUCGUCCGCUCCCGCAGCCGGCCGCGGCGGUUCGCCCACCUCGACGCGCGACGCCUCCGGCAAAGGCCACAAGCCCCGCGAAUCCGCCGACGCCGCCAUGGUCCACGCCUUCCUCCACGACCACAACGCAGAUCACAAGCCCGCCUCGACCGCCUUUCCCUCCUCGAACUCGUCGGCGCCCAAGAAGCGCAACACGAUGAACUCGCGCGACGCGGCUUACGACGAUGCGAUUGCGUUGAGUAUACUGGAGCAUGGGACGGCGGCUAUGAGGGCCAAGUUGGAGAAGGCGAGGAAUGGGGAGCUUAGUGGGAGUGAGGAGGACGGGAGCGGGGAUGAGGAGGACGAGGUCGAGGAGAUCAUCAUUAGCGGUGCGGGAGGGAGAGGAAAGGGAAAGAAGCCUGUCGGGGCCGAGCCGGGCGCCAAGGGAAAGGUCGUCGUGACGGGCAAGAAGGGUGCGAAAGGCAAAAGCGGUCCUCGGAGUCGCCGCUCGCCCUCAAACGCCGAAGACGAGUCGCCAGCACCCGAUGGAGACGGCGAGGACAUCGAGCCGAAGGAGGAGGCCAUCGAUGCGGAUGACGGCCAGCUAGCGGGUCACGACGAUGGAGCCGACGGAGGAGCGGAGGGCGAGGAGGAUGAGCGAGUCGAUGCGAAGCGGCGGCAGAGCGUCUCUGAGGAGCGACGAGACGGAGACGAACACGAGGAAGAGAACGCAAAGGAGGACGUGGAGCACGAUGCAGGCGAGUCUAGCAUGGCACUGGAUGAGAAGGCGGACGAGGAGGUCGCAGAAGCAGAAGCGUCACCUGAACCGUCGCCAGUACCUGUGCAUACAAGCGGACGCGGCAAGCACCCGAACCAGUACACCUACCGCGGGCGAGGCGGACACGGCGCUCACGGUCGAGGCGGCGGCAAAUCGCCCAUCAAGCGCGGCGGCGCCUCGCAUGCGUCCUUUAGCUCGCACGGGAACGGCGAAGCGAGCGGUUCGAGCGGCAAGAUCGGCACCGGCGCUGCGACGUCAAGCGGUGCUUUCGGCUGGGGACUCCCCGAACACCUGCGACACCUCGCUCCCCUCCUUCCCUCUCAGUCGCCUCAACUCCUUGAAGUCCCGUCCGUUGUCGACCCGACUGCACCUCCGACCCUUGAACCGCCUACGAAAGUCCGCUUCCCCGGCAAGCGGGUCACGAUGCCCGAGAUGCGCAAGCGGGCGCGUACGGUGCUCGAGUUCGUCACGAAGGUGCAGGUGGAGAUGAGCGAGCGGGACAAGCGGUGGGAGCUCCUGCGGGACGCGAACGAGCGGAUCAAGGAGGCGAGGGAGAAGGAGCGGUCGGAGAAGGCGGGCUCGUCUAGCGGCGGCGCAUCGACGUCUGGUUCGGCAGGCGGGAGCGCUUCAAGAUCGUCAAGCGCUAUCGGCACGCCUCGAGGCGUCAGCGGCACAACACCCGUCCCUUCGUCCUCAGCAGCAGUCGACUUCACCCUCGCUGCCCUCCCUCCUCUACCCGGCGCCUCCUCCGCUCCUCUCCUCACAUCGGCAGCGAGUCCGGCGAGUCUCGCCAUGAUGGACCGGCUCGCCAAGGAGGUCAUCCGGUUCCAGGAGCGGUUCUUUGGCGUCGUCGAGUGA